AGCUUUUAUUUUGAAAUUUCUUGGGCUUUUACAAUGGACUUGUACAUGUUUGAAACUAAAAAAAUCGUGAUGUCUGAGACUCGGAUUGUGUCUUGUAAAAACCAAUUGGAGUAACGCUACUUUCACUGCUUUUCACAAAGAUUUCAAGAUUGAUGCUUGUGAUGAGGUUCUGACAACAACUGGCUUAAGUGUAAUGGAUACCAGAGAUUCUGGUGGGAUGAGCCAACUGUGUCUGAGCUAAGCCUUCACCAGAAUCAUCACCUUAAUUCGGGUUCCAGCUAAUCAUAUGAUUUAUGAUUAUCGCUUUGAUGCUACGUUAGUCCUCUUGUUCAGUGUCAACACCAUCGCUUUUUGUAGUUUAUUCUCUUGUUUGACUUGGUCAAGAAGUUAUUGUGUUCAAAAGAGGACAUGAUUGAUGAUUCUGUUUAUGUAUAAAUUUAAUCAAUUAUCUGUUGAAUUUUUAAAUCUUUUUUAAACAGAAAAUGCGAAAGUUGUGGAAACAAACUCUCAACGCACUUAUCGUUAUGACUUUUAGGGUUUGUUUUGAAUGUUUCAAACCCUAAUCUCGGGCUAGAAGAAAACAAAAAGCAAAAAAAAAAGCUUGAUUAGGGUUAUUGGGUUUUGACAAAUGGAGAUAAGAUCUGUGAAGCGAAAGAAGAAGAAAAGAGAAGAGAUUAUCAAAGUAGAUAGGAUCAGCCACCUCCCUGACUCUCUUCUUCAUCAGAUUCUCCUCUUACUUCCUCUACAAUGUGCAGCUAUAACCAGCUCACUCUCGAAACGAUGGAGAUCUCUCUUUCUCUCAUUGCCUGAUCUUGAUUUCACUUCCAUUAAUGAAAACCCUAAACCACCAUCUUUCUCUUCAAACUCCAUUUACCAACUGCUUUCUCUUCGCCAUCACCGCGACGCCAACAAUCUCAGAUCACUUCGUUUUCGUACUCCAAUCACAUUCACAAGUCUCAACUCCUUGAUCCGUUUAGCUGUUACUCAUCAGGUUCAAGAUCUUGACGUUGAAGUCACUACCAAAGACUACUUCAACUUCCCUCGUUGGAUUGUUACAUCUCAGAAGUUAAGAGCCUUAAAGCUCAAGUCAGCCUAUCCUGGUUUUAGAUUACCUCCUUCAUCAUCAAUCUUUGGAGGUUUUCAAAAGCUUACUUCACUCUCUUUAUCUCUUGUGAUUCUAUACAACCAACCAUAUCUCUCAGAUUUCUUCACAGAUCCAAACUUUCCUCUUUUAGAGAAAUUAGCCCUAGAAAAUUGCUUCGGACUCAAGGAACUUAGGGUUUGUUGCCGUCUUCUCCAAGAGUUUAGUUUAAAGAACUCUUUACAGCUUGAUAGCUUAGAGGUUUCUGGUAAUAACCUUCACAGACUUAAGGUAGUGAGUUGCUUUCAUUCAUACUCAGAAGAGAGCGUUGUGAAGAUUAACACGCCGAAUCUCAAAACGUUCCUAUGGAACUCAAACGCAGUCACAACAACUGUUUAUUUCUUGGACAAGUUAAUUUGUCUGAGAAAAGCUUUCGUUGGAGUGCUUUUGCUUCAUCAAGAUAUCAAUUCUCAGAAACAGAGAUUACUUACUCUCUUGUCUGAACUCUCUCAUUCCUAUAAACUACAACUUGGAAACCAAUCUGUGGAGAUUUUGUCAAGCAAGAAAGGAUUAGUAAAGAAUCAUCUUCCACCGUUUCACAACAUGAGAUUCUUGGAACUGCAAACACGUUUCGACCGACACAAUGUUCAAGCAUUGUCAUGUCUGUUCAAGAGCUGUCCGAUGCUUAACAUACUUCUUCUCAAAAUCAUUAAUGAUCAAACGAGUGAAAGAAGGCAAUGGAAUAAUGACUUGUGGGAUAUGUCUAACUCAGAGAUUCAAUACUGGGAAUCUCAAACCUAUGAAGUGGAAUCUUUCUUGAAAAAUUUGGAGUUUGUGGAGAUUCAUGGAUUCUUAGAGUGUGAGAAUGAGAUGAGCCUUGCUAUCUUUCUGCUGAGACAUGGAAAGGCUUUGAUCAAGAUGACUCUGAGAUCAAGUUUCCUCUGUAGAGACAAUCUCCGGAGACAGAUGAUAAGGUCACAGUUAAUGGGAUUCUCAAAGGCAUCUUCCAAAGCCAAAAUCUCAUUCCAUUGAAAGUUUUUAUUCAUAAAUCUCUCUGUUUCAGGACUCAGGUUGAAUAGCUAUUACAGUUUUCUUUCUGUUGAAAACUUAUAUGCUUCAAGAACUAUUCUGUUUCGCAUGUUUAUUGUAGAGCUUGAUCAAGUAACUCGAUCCCUUUUACCACUUUCCAGAGAUCCAAUGCCUGCAAAUUUAUAUACAUGUGUUUAUCAAUCAAGUUUUGUAAACAAGUAAUGUGCAUAAUAAACAUGUCUAAAAGUCUCAAAUCCUCACAGAGCCUAAGGUUUAUAGUUCUUGACAGUAACAGUUUCAAUCACAACCACACUGAAACUAAAGACAUCUGAUUUGAAUAAGAAAGACCCUCUGGAGACAUGCACCCACUUCAAUAAAAAAAUAAACCAUAGUGUUGUAGUUUUAAAAUAAGGAAUGGGGAUGGUUAAGGAAAAUUAAAAUGUUAAGAACUUAUCCCACAGGUACAACUCGGUUCGUAUUGGAUGAAGUUUCAUUGCCUCCAAAUAUUCUAGCCAAGCCAAAGUAAGAAAUCUUUGGAUUCAUAUCCUCAUCUAACAAAAUGUUGCUCGCUUUUUUAGAUCCCUGAGGAUGAUCCUUAGUCUAGAGUCUUGAUGCAGAUAUAGAAGUCCACGAGCGACAACUAGAAUGAUAUUACAACGCAUCUUCCAAUCUAAUCGCUAACACAGCUUCCGGUCUUUUCAAGGAUAGUGUUAUUUUUUUAUGAACAAGUGACAGAAGAAGGCUUACCGAAGAUGAAGAAGUUUAAGCUUUUGUGUGGCAUCUAUUCUUACAACAACAGUUAAGGCCAAAAAUCAGGGAUCAGCCACCAAUGGCGUGUUGUAAAUUAUUUGACCAUUCCAGUUUCAAUCCUAUGUGUUGAAAGAAGAUUUGUAACAAAAAUUAUAUUUUAUUUUGGAAGAUGAUAGUGUUAUUGUUUGUUUUAUAUAAAGUUGGAUAGCUGAUCGUUAUAAACAGUCUAUACGAAUUUGGUCUUUUAAAGAAUGGCUCAGUUGGACAGAGAUAGGAUUACCAGUGGUUCUUGCAAUGCGACACAACACAACCUAAUAGGAGUGCCCAACUCUAUUUUUUUUUCUGCAGCGGGAUCAAGAAGCCAACCUAGUAAUAAUCUAAGAAACCUUGACGAGAGGAAAAUUAUGAGUCUACUAUUGUUCUCCUUAUCAUUUUUGCAUUUCAUGCUACAAAAGGCUGCGGCGGCCGCGCAGGAAGACAACCAUGUAUUCCAAUAACAACAAAGAAUGCAAAAACAAAUAAAAAUCGAAUGCCUCAACAUUUCUUCGAAUCAGUUAAACAAAAUGAAGAGUUGAUCAACCUUUUUAUAAUUUCUUAGGAAUCAAAACCCCAAUCUCGAUCUUUGAUCUACUUUGUCUUCCCGCUUAAUCUCACUCUCGAUCUCACACCUCUCUCGAUCUCUCGUGUGUAUAAGACGAAAUAAAGCAUAACAAGACGCACAAGAUUGUUUACCCAGUUCGGGAUUCGAUGUGAAUCUGCCGGCUUGACAGUUAAUGGUUAAUAUGAUUGUUUAAUUUAUUUAUUUUAAUAUACCAUAUACGAAAAUUAAGUACUCUUUUCCUCGCUGAGUUGAAAGCCGCCUUUAUACCACCUACGUCGCGUCUCAUAACCGAUUAACCUCCACCACCACGCUACAAGUUCGAAUAAACCCGAACCGCCGUGGAUCUACAGAAGAGACACUGCAGAAGGCUUGGAUCUGACCCCACCAUUAUGAUUCGUAAAGUCGGAGACUACAAACAACACCGGUGUCCCGCUACACCUAUGCCGCCUUAUGAAAAGAUUUUUUUUUGUUUUUUUCUGAAUUGACAUGAACGAAAAAGAAGAAGCAUGACCUAGGGUAUCGACCCUUUUCUUACCAACAUAUCAGAGCUGGACUUCUUCGGACUCAAACAAAAGAUGAUUAAGGACGGGGGCUUUUUUUUUUAAAAAAAAUCACUAUUGGAUUCUAUUAUACUAGGGUCUGUUUCUGUAAAAGAAAAGAAAACCUUUGCUUCUUUUAAUAAAAAUGCCACCAAAUGUGAAAAAGGUUAUAAAACAAGAGGUCAAAAAGAGUGGGACUCACUUCAUUGGUAUAUUAUAUGUGUUCGAAUUUGAUGUGUAACUUUCAGUUAAAUAGUAACUAUUGGUUUGCACGCAAACAUAAUAUAUUUCGCAUAUUCUGAAAAUUUAAAAUAUAAGAUAUACAAAAAAAAUCUAUUUUCUAUUAUAUGAUUAAUAUUAUUGUUUAAUUUAUUUUAAUAAUAUAACAUUAAAAUAAUGGAAGAUAUGUAAAUUGUUAUCAAAUCUUUAUUAUUAAAAUCAUUAGUUAUCAUAUAUAUAUAUAUAUAUAUAUUAUUCACUUUUGGUAAUUUCGUAGAUUAUAUUUAAGGAAAGAAGAAAAAUAAUAAUUGUGGUUUGUGAAUUAAUUUCAUGGUUAGUUUAAUGAAAAGUAUAUAAUAUAUGUUUAGUGGACCAACAUAAUUCUGUAGAGACUUUAAGAGUUCUAGUGAUAACACGGAAAAAAUGGCUUAUUUCAACAUGAACUUUACCCGUUGUGCCUAUUCCUUUUCGAACUUUGUAAUAGUGCGUACUCCAUACUGAACUAAAUAAAAAUUUAAAUAUACUACAUGAACAUUAAUGCAUCAUGCAUUUUCAUUACCGAACUUUUAAUAGUGCAUAUUCCAUACCGAACUAAAAAAAAAUUCAAAAAUACUACAUGAACUCUUAGAAUUGUGCUUCUAUAUAUAUAUUGAUCGUCAAAGGUGUUAGUCAUCCGCUAGUUUAUCAAAACGACAUUGUUUUGGACGAAUUCUUUAAAAUUAAAAAUUAAAAAUACUACAUGAACUCUCAAAAUCGUGCUUAUAUAUAUUGACCGUCAAAGGUGUUAGUCAUCCAUUAAUUUAUCAAAACGCGUUAUCUUGGAUAAAUUCUGUAAAGUUAAAAUUUGUUUUUUGGGAAAUUCAAACUCUCACACUGGUGGACAAGUAUAAAGUAAAUAUAUGAAUUAGUAAUAAAUAAUUUAAACUUAUAAAAUAAUAAGUUUUAAAGGUAAAUUUAUUAACAUAAG